AUGACACAAAAUUCAAAAAGAGCACUUACAGCAUCUAUCUAUCAGCAACUCGCUCCGCCUGCACACUACCGCACUGGACCCUACCCACCAAAUGUGUCAUACGAAAUGCAAAUAUCACAACUCAGACAUGCUCAGCAGCCACUGAUUACCAGCCGUCCCGCUGAUAUUGGGAUGGGUGCACAAAUUACAACGAGGGACGAUAAGGCUAUCAGUAAAACAUGGCAUGACGAGUGGGAAACUGAGCCUAGACCAUUCGGUCCUAGAAGGCCGUUGGCGCUGCUCAAUCAGCCUGUACAAAUCAAUCUUCGAACACAUCCUCGCAACGCCAAGCGUGUCUACCUCAAUCACUGGGAUCGCCAACACGAACCGAACGGCACCACUGCACAACGGCUGGUAAUACAAAAGAAGCAGGUCAGGAUGGAAAGGCGUACGAUGAUACUAAGGACUGAGCAACAAGAGGAAAAGCGCAGAGAGGUGAAGCAGGCGGCAAUAAAUGCGGAUGUGGUCGAUCUUACCGGAGAUGGCAUAUCAUAUGAAAAGGGCCCGUGGAGAUAUGACUCUGUCGGACAUGCGGGAUUUUCCGGUUCCUCUCAUGAGAUGGGUCACACCUGGGAUCAUUCAUGGCAGCCAUAG